AUGGGGCAGCGGCGGGGCACGGCCGUGCUGCUCGUCCUGCUCGUCGCCCUGGGGCACCGGGUGCUGGGCACCACGUGCACGGAUGUCUACCGAGGCUUCUCGGACUGUGUCCUGAAACUGGGGGAGAACAUGGCCACAUACGAGGAGGAGGAGAGCAUUGAGCCCCAGGGGCUGCACCGGGUCUGUGGGUACUGGGAUGAAUUUCACAUCUGUGCCCUGACGGUGCUCUGGGAGUGCCAGAAGGAAGCGGCGGCUGUCUGGGAGAUGCUGAGGAGGGAGGCCCAGAAGGUCAAGUUUCGAGGCAGCUUGUUUGACCUCUGCAGCCCCAGCACGGCCCAGAGCUCUGCCUGGACCCAGGUUCCCAAAGCUUCUGUCCUCGGCAUCCCCCUCAUCGUCACUUGGCUGAACUCAGGACCCGCAGCUCUGUAA